CGCCCACAUGUCGGGCAGCACACCCAAGAAACAGCAAGCUCAGCCCAGGCCUCCGCCCAAGGAACCCAGAUCACCCAAACAGAAACAGCCCAAUGGCAGCGGUGGAGGCGGAGGAAACACCAGCGGUGGUGGUGGCGGCGGCGGGGAGCGCAUGAAGGCGGUCGUGCGCCGACUGCCCGCCAACCUGCCCGAGGACAUAUUCUGGCAGAGCGUGCAGGCGUGGGUCACCCCCGAGACGGUGGCGUGGAGGAAGUUCUAUGCGGGCAAGAUACACAAGCGGCCGAACAAGGAGAGCAUGCCCUCGCGCGCGUACAUUGCGUUCAAGAGCGACGAUCUCGUCGCUACGUUCAGUCGGGAGUACGACGGGCAUGUGUUCAGAGAUAAAGCUGGCAACGAAUCGCAGGCGGUCGUCGAGUUUGCGCCGUUCCAGAAGGUGCCCGCCGAGAAGAAGAAGGCGGAUCCGAGGGCUGGAACGAUCGAGAAAGACGAAGACUUCAUCUCCUUCCUCAAAACGCUCGAAGCCGCAGACAAAGCCGAGCCCAUGACGCUCGAAGCGCUCAUCGCACAAGCCCAGCCCCCGCCCCAGCCAACCACAACGCCCCUGCUCGACGCGCUCAAGGCCGAGAAAUCGGCACAGAAGGACAAGGAGGCUAUUCUCCGGAACCACGCGCACUACAAGGACCAGGCGCCGUCCAAGAAGGAGGAAGCGAAGAAGAAGGCUGCUGCCGCUGCCGCUGUGCAGAAGCAGGCUUCGCAGCAACAGGCUCAAGCACAGGCGCAGGCUCAGCAGCAGGAGGGCCAGCCGAUGAGCAAGAAGGCGAAGAAGGCAGCGGCUGCCGCCGCCGCUGCGGCGAAGGAGAAGGAGAAGGAGAAGGAGAAGGAGAAGGGACAGGAUAAGGACACAGCUGCGAAGGGCCAGCCCGCAGCAGCGUCCAGCAGCGGCGCACCUGCGAACAAAGCCGGAACCAAGUCCCCCGCACGCCCUCCGCGCCCCUCCAAAGCCGCCAACAAGGCUGCCGCCGCCGCCGCCGCCGCGGCGCAUCAGAACACACCGACCGUCCCCCAGAUCCAGCAGCGCACCAAGUCGCCCGCCGCACCCGCUCAUGCUGCGCUCGCCUCCGCUUCUGGUGUCGCUGCCGCUGCUGCCGGCGGCGUCGGCGGCACGUCGGACCCGGCAAGUUCUGCUUCUGCUUCAGCUUCAGCCAACGCCGGCGCACACGCCCAAAGCGCGCCCGGAAGCGGGAGGCGCGGUCGGCCUGUGAUCGGUCUCGGGCGGCAGUUCGAGGCGGCGCUGAGCGGGGCGGGUGUGAGUAAGCGCCGGGAGCGCGCUGAGAAGGAGAAGGCUGCUGCGCAAGAUAAGGAGGGCAAGGAUGGGGGCGAGGGUAAGGAGAAGGAGAAGGAGAAGACUCCGAGGGCGGGCGAGAAGCGCAGGGGCCCGUCCGAGAAGGAGAAGGAGAAGGAAAGGGAGGAGAAGAGCGUGCCGAGUAUUCUGCAGCGCGCGGCGACGGCGACGUCGCCUAACCCGCCCGUGCCGGGGAUUCUUCCCGCUGUUCCCGCCCCGGACGGUGCAGCCGCAGCGGUGGGUGAGGGCGGUGAGAGAGGCGGGGCGAGGGGCGGGAGGAGGGGGCGCGGUGGAGGGCGGGGCAGGGGCGGGCAUCGCGGGAGCUGAGCCUGCGAUGGUUAUGAGUUUCUUGUGCAAUGUGACAGGACACUACCACAACUGCUCUUGCUCGCCGUGGCGAGCUCGGCUUCCUCGCCUACACCCUGCAGCCAGUCUCGGCUUCGUUGGCUAUUCCAUCCGUCGGCCGUCGCUGACACAUUGAUGCGUCUGUGAGGCGCACACACUAUUGCACAGUAGCAUGACCGUGAUUGCAUCGGAAAUGGAUUUCAGCUGCAGACUACGUAUUCCGGCCCACAACCAGUUUUCCGCUCGGAGGACGGCGAGAGCUUUGCAGCACAGUAGAUUUUUAUCUCGUCUUUUGUCUGACGGAAUCCCUUGGUUUUGGUGGGAGCUGGAAGGAUUAUUUUUCACAUAACGUGUGCAACACCAUUGUCGUCUAUUCCUUACGACCAAGAGGAGGAAUUGAUAGAAAUAGAACAUGUGCAUUGAACGGGAUGAGUAUUACUUGAUUCCAAUCUGAUACAAAAGCGCCCGGCGAAAGCUCCAAAAAUCCGAAAUACGUAUAUAUACUGUUCCGAUGAUGUACCAGGGGAAAAAAUCGAGUCUAGCCAUGCGUCGGGCGACGGUAGGUGGGUAUCGGCGAAGCGGAUGAGGCUACUACAGUCAUCCAAAAGCGAGCGAACGAAAUGAAAGCAACUUCAGAAUCCAAACGUGUUUCAAAGAGCAAGGUACACGCUCAUCAAGCCCGACGCGACGAGCACCACCGCCGAGCCUGCGUAACUCCCCACAGCGCCGUUCGCGCUCCCAGAGCUCGUGGGCGCGGCGCUCCCCGAGGAAGCACUGACGGAGCCGCCCGCGACACCCGCGGCGGCACCGGAGCCGGCACCGGCGGUGGGAGAUGCGGAUGAGGACGUGGAUGCAGAGGAGGAGGCGGCGGCGGCGAUUUCGGCUUGGACAGAGGCGUUGAAUGUGCCGGACAUGCCUGUGAGUGCGAAUUUGGCGGAGAAGGCUUCGAGGGCGCCGGUGCUGGUGUUGGAGGUGGAUUGGAAGCGGAUGAAGCUGGUGGGUGGUGGUUGUGUUAAUAGUAGUAAUGGAAAAGAUGUCGUGGGGGGAACGGUCAA